GGCGAAAUGUGGAACUACAGACGCCAUCUUGUCAACAAACUGUCAAGGCGGCCAUAGGACAUAGAUGUCUGUUGUGUGUUUUUGUGUUGAUUUUAAUCAUAAAUAACCGCCAAUAUGCCGAAAAAUAUAACCAGUGAAGUGCGUGAGAUAAUAUUGAAAGUGAAAGAGUUCAUGGACGAAGAAAAACGUAUGCAAGUGCCGAUAAUUCCGUUAAGCAAAGUGUAUGUGCGGGUCUCUGCCGCUACAGGUGUAUCAGAGCGUACCGUACUUAACAUAGUUAAAGAAGCACGCUUGGUAGAACAAGGCCUUCUAGACCCCGAGACGUUAAAGAAAACACCCAAAAAACGCGUUCGUACUAAAGGCAAGAUCGAAGUCGACGAAUAUGACUUACAAGUCAUAAGACGCAAAAUCCAUGAGUUCUAUGCAUUUAAAAAGGAGGUGCCAACUAUCAACAAACUGUUACAAAUCCUAAAAGAAGAAAUCAAUUUCAAAGGCUCGCGAGAAACUCUUCGUAAAAUUCUUCGCAAAAACGGAUUCCAGUUCAGAAAGACAAAGAAUAACAAGGAGAAGGAGCCAGUUCCAGAACCUACGUCGUCAGUGCCUCCAAUGGUCCCACCCUACAUUCACACUAUGUUUAGUCAUAAAAAUAUUCAGUCGUAAGUUUUAGCUUAGAAAAUCUCGAAUAUAGUGAUAAAGGCAGUUGCGCUGGCAACAUUGAUCUGACAGCGGCCUCAGCAGUGCCUGCCACCCGUCUACGCUCUAACUUUGUCAUCCAUGAUUGGAACUGCAUAAUCUUUAUUGUUGGUUAUAACGUAUGAAUUCUGUAUAAAGAUGAU